AGCAGUUCCCGCCGCCAGGGUCCAGCGCGCCUGCCUCGCCGCUCUCCGCGCCCCGCCCUCUCCGGCCUCCAGUGCCCGAGGUUCGAUGUCCGCCGCCGAAGGGCCCCUGCCUUCCGGCUGCCCCGCGCGCCUCGCCCGCUUCGCCCGAGACGUCGCGGGCCAGGGGGCCACGGCGACUAUGUCUGUGCGGUGGCGGCCCUCGGCGCCGGGGGGGAGCGCUUCGUCACCGGGAGCGAGGACGGCACGUCCCGAGUGUGGCAUGCGGCCACGGGGGUGCUGGUUAUGAACGUCUCCAAGCGCGGCGCUCUGGAUUUGUUUGGGUGGAUGCCCAUCGUCGAGGCUGCAGGUGGCCUCUCGCAAGCGGUCGCGCUGGCUUUUGACGAUGCCAUCAAGUGGAAUCGCGAGGCCAUCGCCCCGAUCGCCGCUCCCCUUCAAGUAAGCCUGCUUAAUUCUUGGAUUUCACCCUUCCUAGUGUUUCACCAGAGUUUUAAUUUUAUUGCAAGGCGUGCUGCGCCGUGUCAGCAGCUUUUGCGUAUGUUGGUUCGGCGUACUAUCGUAAAUUCGCGUUCGCAGUGAAGAUUUUCAGUGGAUUGUGUGUGGUCCCACUGGUCAAGCAGCUGGCGUCGGUGGUGGACUGCCACGUCGUAAAGGAGCACCGCGUGCUCGACGUGGCUCCAGCUAUCACUUGCUACACCGGACUUCAUAUGUUGUUGUCCGUCUUUGCCGUAGUCGGAGGGGUCGUUUAUUUUGCCAUGCUCCUUCCAUUGACAGGCGCGGAGGGGAACGUCCAUGACGUGGAGCCCGGCACCCUUUGCCAUCCGUCGGCUUGGCUCCGGGGCAGGAAGCGCCGCGCACAGUGCACGAAUUUCGGUCCGCUUCAGCCCAAUCCGGAGCACAUGAAGUGGACUGCGUAUGCUGACCUCUUUUCGCGGUUGGCCCUCGCGGAAUAUGUUUUUUUCGAUGACGGUGUGCGCCGCGACGGCGCUCGUCUUUGCCAUCAAGCCACCCUACCAAGACGCCACGAUGAGCGCAGCCGUCAUCACCACCAAGGUGAUUAAAACUUUGGCUUUUGGUUGCGGGAUGCUUGCUGUGCACGUUGACGAUGUCAGUUCCCUGACGGCGCCACUUCUCUUUUAUGCGCUGUCGUUCAUUGCGUGCGGCUCACUCAUCAUGUACAGCGCGUGCUGUGCGCCGCGCAGCAAGUCGGAGGACGACGCCACCCCAACGAUCGCCGGGCUUCUGUGGGAUCGUGAGGCAUCGACCGACGCAGAGCAGCGCCAGCUGCUUCAAUGAGGGCGGGGAGGGGAAG